UCUGAAGGCAGAAGAGCAGGGAUGAGGUCUAGACCCUCCCAUGUUAAUAAUUAACCUUUUCUGCAGAGCAACUCCAGUGAAAUGACAAAGUCCCUAUUUUAGAAAGUGUUUCUAAACAGCACAAAAACAACCCCUUUCCAUACACAGCUUUCAAGAUGGAUGAAGAAAAUAAUGCAUUCCGGGCUUAUAGAGGGAAAAGUCUUCUUCAGAGGCCGUUCUUCCCCAUCUACGCACUGCUGGGUGUCUCUUACUUGCUGGUUCUCAUUGGCUUCGUGGUGGCCCUCUCCAAAGUAGCAACGAUUUCAUCAGAAAUCACCAAGAUGCACAGUGAACUUGCCAAGGAUCCCUUUGGCCACGAUUUCCAUUUGUUCCCGUGCGGUGCUGACACUCGACAGUGGGAAUAUUUCGGUGGAAAAUGCUACUACUUCUCCCUGAAGGCCCUUCCCUGGCACCAGGCCAAAGCACAGUGCGAACAGCAACAAUCACAGCUGGUCAUCAUAGACAGUUUCGCAAAACAGAAUUUCUUACAGACCCGGACCAGAAAUGAACGGUUUUGGAUCGGACUCCAUGACCAACAAACGGAAGGAGAGUGGAAAUGGCUAGAUGGCAGUAAUUAUAGAACAGGCUUCAGGAACUGGAAGGCAGGAGAACCUAACAAUUACCAAGGCCAAGAUGAGGACUGUGGCCAAUUGUGGCUCAACGGGGAAUGGAAUGAUUUCUCCUGCACCACUGAUAGCUAUUAUGUCUGUGAGAAAGCCCUGCCAAGCAAAGCCACGCCUGCAUCAAAGGGCUGAGCGCUUGCCACGAUCUUCCUAGAAAUCCCUAGGAAUGAAAGGAUUAAUGUGAGAAGCGGCAUAGCCCUACCCUCUGGUGGCAGAAGAAACAAAAACAGCAACGUAACUUUGCCAAGAAAACCUUUUCAUAAACAAACAAACACCAAAGAAACUUUCAGGAUCUCAUUUUAAAAUUCAAUCAUUUUUGGAAAUGGUCAAUUACUAGUAUUGGAUUAUUUGGCAGUUCUGCAGCUAAAUAAAAUUAAGUGAUAUCUUGUAUAACUUCCUAAGCAAUUGACAGGGCUUUUUGCAACAUGGGAGAGAAUAAAUACCAACCUACCUUACAAGCUUGCUCUUAAGGAUUCCUUAAAAACUGCUAAUAGAUAUCCUUAAAUAUAUUCAGCACUAUAUACAUCUAUUAAAUAAAUAAAAUAAACGUAAGAGAGGAAGAGAGGUAGUUUAAAAUGCUAUAGAACAUUAUAUAAUUGGUAUGGCUACAGUUGUUACAUUAUUGGAUUUUGUGAAAAGUACUUGACUUGAAAUCUAAUAAACAAACAACAAUGCCCCAGUGACAUUU